AUGGCUGCACACCUUCUUGCACCGCCAGGACCCGACAGCUUCAAGUAUUUCACUAGGGAAACUUUGGCGGCCCUUGAUCAGCGCAUCAAUGAGGAGAAAAAGAAAAAGCCACCCAAGCAGGAUAGCAGUUACCGUGACGAUGAUGACGAGAACAAGCCGAAGCCCAACAGUGACCUGGAGGCGGGCAAGAGCCUGCCGUUCAUAUAUGGGGACAUUCCACGAGGAAUGGUGGCGGUACCACUGCAGGAGCUAGACCCAUUCUACAACAACUCUCAGAAAACAUUUAUAGUGCUGAAUAGAGGGAAGACAAUCUUCCGUUUUAGUGCCACACCUGCCUUCAUGAUCAUAAUGUGUACCAUUUUGACCAAUUGUAUAUUCAUGACCUUUAGCGAUCCUCCUGAGUGGUCCAAACAAGUAGAGUACACAUUCACAGGAAUUUAUACAUUUGAAUCUCUUGUAAAAAUCACAGCGCGAGGCUUCUGUAUAGAUGGGUUUACAUUCCUUCGAGAUCCAUGGAACUGGCUGGACUUCAUGGUCAUUUCUAUGGCGUAUAUAACAGAGUUUGUAAACCUAGGCAAUGUCUCAGCUCUGCGCACGUUCAGAGUGUUGAGGGCAUUGAAAACUAUUUCUGUAAUUCCAGUGGACAGGCUCUGUGACUGGUCCUCCUCUCCUGGUUCGGUGGUGGUGGUGCUGGUAUAUAUAACAGAGUUUGUGGACCUGGGCAAUGUAUCUGCGCUGAGAACAUUCAGAGUUCUCCGAGCACUCAAAACAAUCUCUGUCAUUCCAGGACUGAAGACCAUUGUGGGCGCCCUGAUCCAGUCUGUGAAGAAGCUCUCGGACGUGAUGAUCCUCACGGUCUUCUGCCUCAGCGUGUUUGCUCUCAUUGGGCUGCAGCUCUUCAUGGGAAACCUGCGUCAGAAGUGUGUGGUGUGGCCCAUCAACAGCACGGAGAGUUACCUGGCCAACGGCAGCAAGGGCUUCGACUGGGACGAGUACAUCAUGAACGACACCAACUUCUACUUCCUGCCUGGUCAGUUAGAUGCCCUGCUUUGUGGAAACAGUUCGGACUCUGGCCGCUGCCCAGAGGGAUACAUGUGCAUGAAAGCCGGGAGGAAUCCAAACUAUGGCUACACCAGUUUUGACAGCUUCGGCUGGGCUUUCCUCGCUCUCUUCAGGCUCAUGACCCAGGACUUCUGGGAAAAUCUCUACAUGCUGACCCUACGAGCUGCUGGAAAGACAUACAUGAUCUUCUUUGUGCUGGUCAUCUUUGUGGGCUCCUUUUAUUUGGUCAAUCUCAUCCUGGCUGUGGUCGCUAUGGCCUAUGAGGAGCAGAACCAGGCCACGAUGGAGGAAGGCCUGCGAAAGGAAGAGGAGUUUAAAGCUAUGUUGGAGCAACUAAAAAAACAACAAGAAGAUGCCCAAGCUGCUGCUAUGGCAACAUCCGCGGGUACAGUUUCGGAGGAUGCGGUCGAAGAUGACGGAGGGGGACAUCUAUCAUGUAGUUCUUCAGAGAUGUCAAAACUUAGCUCCAAGAGUGCCAAAGAGCGCCGCAAUCGCAAGAAGAAAUGGCGUCAGAAAGAGCAGGAGAAAGAGAAAGGCGACAGCGAAAAGUUUGUUAAAUCUGAGUCCGAUGAGGGAAUCAAAAGAAGUCGCUUCCGGUUUCCAGAUAAUCGCCUUGGUCGAAAGUCUUCCAUAAUGAACCAAUCACUCCUCAGCAUUCCCGGCUCACCUUUCCUAUCACGGCACAACAGCAAGAGCAGCAUCUUCAGCUUCAAAGGCCGCGGUAAAGACGUUGGCUCAGAGAAUGAGUUUGCAGAUGACGAACACAGCACAGUGGAGGAGUGUGAGGAGCGCAGAGGGUCCUUGUUCAGCCCAUACAGACGCAACAGCUACACCGGCUUUCACGGCAAGAGGAACAGCACAGUUGACUGCAACGGCGUGGUGUCCCUUAUCGGCCCCGGGCCCGGUGGACGCCUUCUGCCUGAGCCAACCACUGAGGUUGAGGUGAAGAAGAAGCUGUCGGGCUCCCUGAUGGUGUCUGUGGACCAGCUCAAUACCUCCUUUGGGCGGAAAGAGCGGGCCAACAGUGUCAUGAGCGUCAUUACCAACACACUAGUGGAGGAACUGGAAGAGUCUCAGCGCAAGUGCCCCCCUUGUUGGUAUAAGUUUGCUAACAAUUUCCUGAUCUGGGAGUGCUCCCCAAGGUGGAUCAAGAUCAAGGAGAUUGUGAACCUCAUAGUGAUGGACCCCUUUGUGGAUUUAGCCAUUACUAUUUGUAUUGUUCUCAACACUCUUUUCAUGGCCAUGGAGCACUACCCGAUGACCACUGACUUUGAAGAUAUGCUGUCUGUGGGCAAUCUGGUGUUCACAGGGAUCUUUGCUGGUGAGAUGCUCUUCAAGCUUGUGGCCAUGGAUCCAUAUUAUUACUUCCAAGAGGCGUGGAACUGCUUUGAUGGUUUCAUUGUGACUCUGAGUUUAGUGGAGCUGGCUCUGGCAGACGUUGAGGGUCUCUCUGUGCUGCGCUCUUUCCGAUUGCUGAGAGUAUUUAAACUGGCCAAGUCAUGGCCCACCCUAAACAUGCUGAUCAAAAUCAUUGGUAACUCAGUGGGAGCCUUGGGAAACCUGACCUUGGUGCUGGCCAUUAUUGUCUUCAUCUUUGCUGUGGUGGGGAUGCAACUGUUCGGCAAGAGCUACAAAGACUGUGUGUGUAAAAUCGCCAAGGACUGCGAGCUGCCCCGCUGGCACAUGAACGACUUCUUCCAUUCAUUUCUGAUUGUCUUCCGGGUUUUGUGCGGAGAGUGGAUUGAGACCAUGUGGGACUGCAUGGAGGUCGCUGGUCAGGGCAUGUGCCUCAUUGUCUUUAUGAUGGUCAUGGUCAUUGGUAAUUUAGUGGUGUUGAACCUGUUCCUUGCCUUGCUGCUGAGCUCGUUCAGUGCUGAUAACUUAGCAGCCACAGACGAUGAUGGGGAGCCAAACAACCUGCAAAUUUCUGUUAUGCGUAUCAAGAAGGGGAUUGCCUGGUUUAAAUCAAAGAUGCGGAUUGUGAUGGCCAGUUUGUUAAAAAAGCCACUUAUGGAAGAUGAGCAAAAACCUCUGGAAGACAUGUAUGGAAACAAAGUGAAUUGCAUCGCAAACCACACUGGGGUGGAUAUCAACCGAGACAUGGACUACACCAAGAACGGUAACGGGACGACCAGUGGCAUUGGCAGCAGUGUCGGCAAGUAUGUCCUGGACGACGCCCACAUGUCUUUCAUCCACAACCCAAACCUGACCGUCUGUGUGCCCAUCGCUGUGGGAGAGUCGGACUUUGAGAACCUCAACACCGAGGAUUUCAGCAGCGAGUCAGACAUUGAAAACAGUAAAGAGCUGGAUGACACUAGCUCAUCAGAGGGCAGCACCAUCGAUAUCAAGCCUGACGUGGAAGAAGUGGUUGUGGUGGAGACGGUCGAGGAGUACAUGGAGCCAGAAGCAUGUUGGACAGAUGCAUGUGUGGCCAAGUACAAGUGCUGUGCUCUUGACAUCACGAUGGGCUGGGGAAAGAACUGGUGGUUCCUGAGGAAAACCUGCUAUCUGAUUGUCGAGCACAACUGGUUUGAGACCCUCAUCAUCUUCAUGAUCCUUCUCAGUAGUGGUGCCCUGGCGUUUGAAGAUGUGUACAUUGAACAGAGGAAAACUAUUCGAACUAUUCUGGAGUUUGCUGACAAGGUGUUCACUUACAUCUUUAUCCUGGAGAUGCUGCUCAAGUGGGUGGCUUACGGGUUUGUGAAGUACUUCACCAAUGCCUGGUGUUGGCUGGACUUCUUUAUUGUCGAUGUGUCUAUAGUCAGCCUUGUAGCUAAUGCGCUGGGCUACUCCGAUCUAGGGCCCAUUAAAUCACUCAGGACACUAAGGGCCUUGAGACCCCUCAGAGCCUUGUCACGUUUUGAAGGGAUGAGGCGAAACCCCCUCCCUCUCACAUGCCCUCAGAUCCCCUAA